UUACACCACUGGCUCUAUUCGCUCCAAACCUGAAGAAAUAUUUCCGUAGAUUUAGUUACAACACCACAGUGUUUUCAGUAGAUUUAAACUGAUUUGAUUUUAAAAAAGCAACAUGUUUUAACCCAGGUUCUUCACACAGGUAACUGAGUUUUCUUCAACUGCUUUAUUUUUUUUGAACUACUACAGACUACAAGAAAGAGAGAACGAUGAAUCUUCUACUUUAGAAGAAGUAUAGAGGAAAUGUUGUGAAUAUGGAUUCUGACUCUCAGCUACUCAACUUGAGGAAUGAUCAUGGAAUGGAAAACAGGCAAUGUUUUAGCACUGAGCAAGUAGAGCAGACACCAAUUGAUACAGCUGCAGGUGUCAGUGCCUCCUGUCUCACUACAGCAGAGCUUCAGCAGCAUUGGAGGGCAGUGAAACAAGAGAUUAGGUCUGUCAAGCUGUUGUUUCAGAUCCCAUCUACCCGUACGAUAGAACACCCAACAUCCAGAUAUGUGGUGUAUCAGAUAAUAAUGAUCAGAUCAGGGAGUUAUGAUUAUAAGCAUGUGACCAUCGAGCGCCGCUACUCAGAGUUCCUCCACCUGCACCAUGAGCUCCUUCAGGACUUCAACGAGGAGCUUGAGGAUGUCACCUUGCCCAAAAAAAGACUGACGGGCAACUUCUCAGAAGAGAACAUCAACGAAAGGCGUGUGACUCUCUGUGACUAUCUGACCCAGCUGUACUCUCGGAGCUACAUCCGCCACUCACCUGCUUUUAUAGCAUUCUUCACUCACACUGAGCUUAAGACUGCCUAUGAUCUGUUGCGUGGAGGCCAGUAUUCUCAAGCCCUAGUGAUCCUGCAGAAUGCACUAGUGCUCCAGGAGAAACUGUGUUCUCAUAAUUUGUCCUUGCUUGUGCCAACACUGUGUGCACUGCUGGUGUGCCAGCGAGACCUUGAGGAUUUCCACACAGCUUUCCAGACUGGUCACAGGGCACUGCCAGGAGUAAGGCGCUAUGGACAGCACAGCUAUCGUACACCGCUGCUGGAGGCCAUGGUCGAUCUGGGGUAUAAAUUACAGCACCCUGUGGCUCAGUUACAAGAGGAGCUCAUCAGAGUUCAAAACUCACCACAUGGACCUGAGUCAAAAAUGUCAUUAAAACAACUUGUGGUGCAAGAGUUUACAUAAACCUAUAUUUCAUUAAAAUGUCCACAAAAAUGAAUUUAACUUUAUUAAAAUGUCCUCA